UCUAGGCGAAGAAUUUGAUGAAUCAGUUCACUCUAGUUCUUCUGAUUUCUUCGAAUGUAUGUAUAUAGGUAUAUAUGUAUGUUUUGAAUAUUUGUAAUGUCAAUGCUGUGAUGUAGGAAUGGAGGAUGUUCUGAUGAGAUAUGUCUUUGGGAAGAAGAAGACAACAUAAUUUGCUUACUUGUCCGGAAGGUACAAAACACAGGAAGUCUUUAGCUAAUAUGGCUAUUGCAAAAGAUUUGGUCCAACCAGAGACAAUGUAUGGGAGACUUGAUGCACAUCUUGAACUUGAGGUAAUUCCCUGCGAAAUGAGGCCAGGAACAGCUUGGACUAUGAGCUUGAUUCCUUGCAGGCUUAAGUGUUGGAUGUCUGCAAACGGUGCCCUGCUAUACCAAUGGAAUUCCUUGUUUUGCUUCCACCUCUCUUCUCUUCCUUCACUGAUUAGUGAGGAUGAUAAUGCUUGUGAACCCCCAACUGUGUAG